AUGACUGACAUCAGAGUUUCUCAAAAGGCUCAAAACCUUGCUCGCAUUCGAGACAACCAACGCCGCUCACGUGCUCGACGCAAGGAAUACCUGCAAGAGCUCGAGGCAAAGUUGCGGAGCUACGAACAGAUCGGCAUUGAAGCCUCCUCGGAGAUCCAGAGUGCAGCCAGGAAAGUUCUGGAGGAAAACAAGAAGCUCAGAGCGUUGCUCCAUGAAAGAGGAGUGUCCGAGUCGGAAGUCGUCGCUGCACUAGGGGGCGCAUCAGAUCGGCACUACGACCACAUCACUGCCGGACCAAGACUGAAUGCCAUGCUUGAACGCAGGAUCGCCACCACCAACAUGGUUUCCUCGACGAGCUCCCCCAUGACUUCACACAUCAGGGCGGCUUCCAUGCCUCGACAUAUCCCCUCAGUCACGCCUAUCGACGUCCCACAGCCCCGCCCAACCUCCUUCAGUUGCAACGACACGCCAAGCCCCGGGUCUAUGUACUCAAAUGUGAGCACUCCACCACCAGUAUCCUACCCUACAGCCUUCUACACCACGCCCAUGUCUCCGUCAGUCGCUGAGAUCAAGUCGGAGGAUUCCCACUAUGACUACCCCUAUGAGCGCCCUUAUAACAACGCUUGGGCUUAUACAAGCGACUAUACCUACACUGCAGACCCAGCUUCCUACUACAACAGUUCGUCAUGCAUCGAUGCUGCCAACAUCAUACGCACCAUGCGAUCGAACAUGGUACCAGAGAUGGAGGCCAGUUUGGAAUGCCGUACGUCUGAUCAGCACUGCUACAUCAACAACACAGCUGUGUACGACAUGGUGGACAAGUACACGCAGAAACAUGCCACAAUGUGA